AUGAGCAGAGAGAGCUCUUCCAUAUGUAACCUGCUCUCUCUUGUGGUUCUGCUGAUCCACGGCUCAAUUGCAGCAACGGCUCAAGAUCGCUCGUCUUGUCAAAGCCAUUGCGGGGUAUUACCGAUUCCUUAUCCCUUUGGAAUCGGUAAAGAUUGCCAUCUCAACGGCAACAAGUGGUAUGAAGUAAUCUGUAACAGCUCUUCCGGGAACCCUGUCGCGUUUCUUUCUAGUAUCAACAGAGAGGUGGUGAAUAUCUCUCUCCCUGAUCCCCGUGGUGAUACCUUUGGGUACAUCCGAAUCAAGAAUCCGAUAACUUCACUGGGCUGUUCUAAUAAAGAAGAGCUCAGCUUGGCUUUGAAUAUGACAGGAAGCCCAUUUUUCCUCACCGCCCGCAAUACUCUGGUCGCAGUUGGUUGCAACAACAAGGCCGUGAUGACGGAUGUCAGGCCGCAGAUUGGAGGAUGCGAGUCUACAUGCGACGUGGGGUCUGGCCGGAUAGGACAGAACACAAGCUGCGACGGCUACAGAUGUUGCCAAGCGAAGAUACGGUCUGACCGUUUGCAACAGUUUGGCAUAAAAAUAGAGAGCCUUGACGGCAACGCGACGACGACAGCUGGAUGCAGAGUUGCUUUCUUGACAGACGAGGCAUAUUCCCCUUCAAAUAUAACAGAGCCGGAGUUGCUUUACGGCGAGGGAUAUGCGACGGUGGAUUUAGGAUGGUUCACAGAUAUGGCACACAAUAUGUCCGUUGAUUCCAGGGGUUGUUAUUCAAUUUUCGAGGGUGAAAGCGAUUGGAGUUACAGUAACUAUGAAGCUUGCAUUUGCAAAUAUGGUAAUUAUUUGGAGCGUAGGUAUAGAAGCUGUAGGUGUAACUCUGGUUACAGAGGCAACCCAUAUCUAUCGAUCGGAUGUACAGAUAUUGAUGAGUGUGAGGAAGCCAAAGCUGAAGGGCGCAACCGUUGUGGGAAAGGGGAGAAUUGUGUAAAUAUCCAAGGAAACCAUCGUUGUGAACGCAUCAAAAGCAAAACUCUGGCCAUCGUUUUAGGUAUUUGUCUAGGCUUUGGGGUGUUGGUUAUUGGCAUUGGAGCAUGGUGGUUGUAUAAGUUUAUCAGAAAGCAAAGGGAGAUAAAACGGAAGAAGAAGUUCUUCAAGCGAAACGGAGGAAUGUUGCUGCAACCGCAGCUGACUUCGGAUGAAGGAAGCAUCGAGAAGACGAGAGUGUUCAGCUCAAAAGAGUUGGAGAAAGCCACUGAAAAGUUCAGCAUAAACAGAGUGCUUGGACAGGGCGGUCAAGGAACUGUUUACAAGGGGAUGCUCGUUGAUGGGAGAAUAGUGGCAGUGAAAAAAUCCAAAGCCGUGGACGAGGACAAGCUCGAAGAGUUCAUUAAUGAGGUGGUGAUUCUUUCGCAGAUCAACCAUAGAAACAUCGUGAAGCUCUUGGGAUGUUGCCUCGAAACAGAGGUUCCUGUUCUGGUGUACGAGUUUAUUCCCAAUGGAAACCUCUUCGAGCAUCUUCAUCAAGAUGAUGAAUCUGAGGAUUACACAAUGGCUACUUGGGAAAUGCAGUCUAGGGUCUCUGACAUCAUCGAUGCUCGAAUCAAAGACAGUUGCAACAUGGAACAAGUCACGGCGGUGGCAAACCUCGCGAGGAGGUGUUUGAACUUGAACGGGAAGAAACGGCCAAAUAUGAGAGAAGUGACAAUGGAAUUGGAGAGGAUCAGAGGUUCACAGGUCCAUAUUCAAAACGUGGAAGAUAAUAAUGACACCAUAGAGAUCAAUUUCACUGAUUCAUGGAGCGGUCUUUUUAAUGAUUCUUCCUCCGACGUUACCUUCACAUCAUCGUCUUAUCGAACAUUGUGA